CGGCGCGGCGCGGCUCAGUAGUUCCCCUGGCGCCCGGCUCCCUGGCGUUAGACGUGCUGUGUUGUGAUCACGUGGGCAGCUCCGGGCGCGGCGCUUGUUUUGGUUUCCUUCUAACUUGCCCACGGCAGCUUCGGGGUGAGCGACUUUCCUGCACCAGCUGCCGCGCCUGCUCACACCCUGACUUCGUUUUCGGGCUCUCUGAGCCCGCAGUUCCGCAAGCCCCUGGGGCGGGCUCCUGCCAUGCCGCUGGUCCGCUACAGGAAGGUGGUCAUCCUCGGAUACCGCUCUGUAGGUGAGUCUCCGCCCUGCAGAGCUCGGACGCGCAGCAGCUUUGUAGCCAGAAGAGGCGCGCUGCCGUGGGAACGCGACCCAGGGAGGAAUGAUGACAUCGUAAGGAUGGGGUUGUAGAGCGAGGAUUGGAAGAGUGGAGGAAUAAAGUCCGAAAGGACAGAGGAUGUGAAUGUGGAUGGAUGAUUUGGAUACAACUGUCACACUGCUCCCCACAGGGAAGACAUCUUUGGCACAUCAAUUUGUGGAAGGCGAGUUCUCGGAAGGCUACGAUCCUACAGUGGAGAAUACUUACAGCAAGAUAGUGACUCUUGGCAAAGAUGAGUUUCACCUACAUCUGGUGGACACAGCAGGGCAGGAUGAGUACAGCAUUCUGCCCUAUUCAUUCAUCAUUGGGGUCCAUGGUUAUGUGCUUGUGUAUUCUGUCACCUCUCUGCAUAGCUUCCAAGUCAUUGAGAGUCUGUACCAAAAGCUACACGAAGGCCAUGGGAAAACCCGGGUGCCAGUGGUUCUAGUGGGGAACAAGGCAGAUCUCUCUCCAGAGAGAGAGGUACAGGCAGUUGAAGGAAAGAAGCUGGCAGAGUCCUGGGGUGCGACAUUUAUGGAGUCAUCUGCUCGAGAGAAUCAGCUGACUCAAGGCAUCUUCACCAAAGUCAUCCAGGAGAUUGCCCGUGUGGAGAAUUCCUAUGGGCAAGAGCGUCGCUGCCAUCUCAUGUGAGCCCUUGGGUGUGGGGUAACUGCCUUGCUUCUGCCCCUGGCACUUGCCAUGUUCCAGUGGGGGGCAGAUCCUCAGGACUUCACGGGUAUGGUUGCCAGCUGUGUUCCUGGCCCCUGGACACACAGUGUGGCAUCCUCAUGUUUGCACACUUUCCCCAGGCUCCAGUGGCCUGGAUGUCAAUGUUUACAAAGGGGCAAGGACCUCUCAUGGACACUGGCCUCUAGCCCUCUGUUUUUGUUUGAUGAAUUCUGUUAUAACCUAUGGGGUCAGGAUAUGAGUCCCGGGCAUUAUUUAUCCAGGACCCAUCCUCUUGGGUGGGUUUUGGGUGUUGGCUGGGUAAGGGGAGCCGGGGACUUCUGAAAUAGAGCUGGCUCCCUGGGGUGACAAUGUAUAUAUGCAAAUAAAUUGAGAAAUCUUUUGUUGUUGA